UUGGAUGAAACUGAAAGUAGGAAAUAUGGGCAGUAUAUGUAAUAAAGCUGUUGGUGUAUUUUUCGAGUAUGACACGCCUAGAAUAGUUCAUAUUCGUAGUAAAAAAGUCGGUGUGAUCAAUCGUCUAAUACAGCUGAUUAUUAUUGCAUAUGUUAUUGGAUAUGCUAUAGUGUAUAAAAAAGGUUACCAAGAGGUUGAUGCAGUGCAGAGUGCUGUCACAACAAAGGUGAAGGGUGUGGUCUAUGUUAACCAAUCAGAAUAUCCAGAUAUUACAACAUCUGUUUGGGAUGUUGCUGAAUAUAUUGUCCCUCCACAGGAGAAUAAUGCUUUUUUUGUGAUAACGAAUUUGAUAGAAACACCUAAACAAACAAUAGGUAUUUGCUCUGAGGAUCCUAAGGUAAUAGGUUCUAAUUGUACUACAUCCAGUCAGUGUCCUGCAGGAAAAGUCCUUCCUGCUGGAAAUGGUGUAUUAACAGGAGAAUGUAAUACAACAGCUGGACGUUGUUUGGUACAUGCAUGGUGUCCUGUAGAGAAUGGUGCCCUGAAGCCACCUGUGAACCCAGCACUUCUAGGAUCAAAAGAUUUUACUGUCUUUAUCAAAAAUAAUAUACAGUUUCCGAAGUUUAAAGUGAAAAGGAGAAACCUUUUAGAUUUCUUUAAUGAUUCAAUGUUGGCGAAUUGUCGAUUUAAACUAAGCCACCCAGAGGAUCAGUAUUGUCCAAUUUUCAUUCUGAAUGAUAUUGUAUCUCUAACGGGAAGUAACUACAAAGAAAUGGCUGUCUCGGGUGGCGUAAUAGAAAUACAGAUACAGUGGAACUGUAAUUUAGAUCUCAGUGUUACUGAAUGUGUUCCAAAAUACAUAUUCAGACGUCUUGACAGUGCUGAUUAUAAAAUAUCUAAAGGAUAUAACUUCAGAUAUGCUAAGUAUUAUAAGGAAAAUGAUACAGAAUACAGGACAUUAUAUAAAGCCUUUGGUAUAAAAUUCAUUUUGUCUGUGACUGGGGAAGCUGGUAAAUUUAAUUUGGAGCCUUUUUUGAUCAAUGUUGGUAGUGGAAUUGGCUUGCUAGGUAUUGCUACCGUCCUUUGUGAUAUAGUGGUAUUAUAUUUCCUGAAGGCUAAAAGUCUUUACAAAGAUAAGAAAUACUUACAAGUGGUUGGAGAUGACGCAUAUAAGUUUGAAACACCUCUACAAAUUGAUCAACUGCAACUGGACGGCCAAAAUGAUGAGGACAAAUCUGAAUGAACUUUUUUUACAUUUUGAUGUUGUAGAAAGUCUACUGUCUACGCAUAAAAAUAUUGCCACAUCAUUUUUCAACAUUUUGGUAGAGAAAAAGUCGAAGAAUUCUGAAUUGGAAAGUGCCAUAUCAUCCAACAAAACAUAUACAAAUAUGAAAUUGAUAACAUUUAUGACAUUUUGGUCCUGACAUUGAUAUCUUUAUAUGAACAAGAAACUUAUGUCACAAAAAGAAAAAUGUGCAUUUUUAAACAAAAGUUACAUAAUGAAAACUGUAAAGGGGAGGGGGUCUUGAGAGGAAGCAGGAACAGUGAGAGUAAACGGAGUUACUGAGGGAGUGUGGUAAAAGGAAAAUUAGAGUAAAGGAGCAGAAAGACACAAAGAGGGAACAUAUUUUCCUGCAUACCUUCACAACAUUAAUCAGAAUAAUGAGUAUUUACCAUGGGAGCUGUACAGACUCCUUUGGGUCUCUAUAUUGUUCUAUAGUAACAUUACCAAUAUUUACAAAUAGCAAACAAUUAUUUUUUAUAUGAUUUUGUUUAGAGUAUUAGGAUGUCAAUAAUCAUUACCUACUUAUUUAUAAAUUUUAAUAUGAUCAAUUAGAAAUCCUGUAUAUACCACAUUUGACUGUAUUGAGCUCUCUGGUACUUUCAAAUUCAAAUGGAGACAUACAUUAAACAAAAACUUAUUUAUUUUGAUGUUCAAGUUUAUUUUUUAGAAUUACUUUUUUAUGUUUUAUAGAUACUUAUUUUGUGAUACAUAAGACAUAUACAUUAUGGGACUCUUGUACCUUUUAUAGCAUAGAAAUUGUUAACUAUUGGUCACAAAAAAAUGUUAAAUUAAGUAUGAAGUGAAAAAUUUGAGAAUGUGCAUGUAAGUGUAGGAGAGUUGAAAUAUAUCAAAUAUGGUAUUUAAUUUUAAGCAUCCAUGAUCUUGUCAUAAUUUAUCAAUUCAAAUGAGUUUGGAUUUCUAGUAUAUAGAUGCAGAUUUAGGAUUUUGAAAAAGGGGGGCAGAGGGCCCCAAAUUAGGCAACCUUUGGAGUGGGACAUGUAAAAUGUAUACGUAUUAUUAAUAUGUAGCUCAUUAAGGGGUCUCCUAACCCCUUGUCCCCCUCCCACUAAAUCUGUCUCUGAUAUAUAUAUUGUGAAUUACAUAUGUUGUUAUAUAUAAUCUUUAUCAAGCAUAAUUUAUGUCCCAUAGUUUUAUAUGAGAUAGGUAACUUUUACUUUUCUUGCUUGUUCAAUGUUAUGAAUAAUGUUUGUUUCUGUGCAUUUUAUUUAAAUCUUUCAGAAUGUGAUUUUUUAAUUCUAAUGCAACAUCGUUUGUUACGAUCAUUUGAUUGGAUAACGCACCAGAUUUCAUGGCUAACGCGUCACCAGUAAACUUAAUUAUGCGACCAUAAAAUCACCAAUUGAUGCCAACAGAGCUUAGAAUACAAUACAGUUAUCUCCGAAGGUAAAAGUUUAUAAAUUUGCUUCUCAUUUGAAUUUUAUAAUGCUUUGAUUUAUAUUUUCCUUUAGAUACAUAGAUAAACUCAUUAUAGAUACCAAGCUUAAAAUUUUGUAUGCCAGACUUGCAUUUCGUCUACAAAAGGUAUCUAUAACUUAAAAUAUUUAUAUAUAGCAUUUUUCAUGCUGUGUGUCCAAUUCAUAUACCUCAGAAAUCAUUUGUUUAAUGAAAGUAAACAUUCAUUAUGCAGCUGCAUUUCAAUUAAGAAGUCAUAUCCAUAACUCAAAAGGAGUACAUAUAUCUAAAAAAUUUAAGGCAACAUCAUACAUUUGUGUGAUGAAGUUACUUAUGUUUGACCUGACCUCAAUUGUUCCCACCUAAAAUUUGUGUUAGAAGAUACUGGAGACAGUUAAAAAUUGUGUUGUUAAAAUGGAUAAAUGCAUAUAACUUCAGAUACAAUACAAUUUAUUACACCUGUGUUAGUACAAAAUUGUUUAUGAAAAACAGUGUUUCAGGACUCACAGGACUCAAUGUAUCUUCAGUCUUAUUAAACAUUUAUAAAAAUGUACAUCUUUAACAUUUUAUUAGUGGGUUUUGAAAGAUCAUAACAUAAAUAUUUCAUCAAAGAUACCUGUGAUUUGCAAUUUUAUAUAUGAUAUUUUGAUAUAUAUAUUCAUAAUUAUUGAAAUUUGUUAAAUAUGUCAUAUGUAACAUUUUUGUAUGCUAUUUACUAUUAUGAAUAUUGUUUGUAUAUCAUGUCAGUUCAUUUUGACAAUAAAACCGUGAUUUGAAUCAU